AUGGCGCGUACGGGCAGUGGGGACUCAGGAGAGGGACCGGGUGUCCGGGACUGGUCCGGCGGUGGCGCCCGAGCGCCCGCGCUGCACCCGGCCCUGAGUUCGAGCUCUAUUUUUAGCGCUGUGUCAUCGUUCGCGUCGCGUCCGAGCCCCGCACCAGAGUUAUGUAGUGUUGAUGCCGGACAUGCGAAAGCUCUGUCAGUGAGUUGUGCGUCAAGGGGCGAGGCUUUGCGGGCACUGGCCGGUGCGGAGGGGGGAGGUGAAGAGCAGUGGAGAGGAGGGGGAGCUGCGCUGGCGGAGGAGGAGGCGCGUGCACCGAAGCCUGUGUCCGCACUCGGUACAGUCACAGUCCGACCAUACCUACGGUCGUGCGUGCGAAUACGACCCGGCUUCGUCGCUACUACACCUGUCAAGUGUCCGUUAAACGAACGGUUCGCUCCAAAAACAGGAGCGGGUGCAGUGCUG